UGUCAAAAAACAAAAGAAAAAUUAAGAAAUAUGUAUUAAAACUUAAAAUAAUGUGGAUAUUUCAAUAGUGCUAUUUUAAGUUAUUAAAUAUUUUGUUAAGCAUAGAGUAUGUAGAUAUUGAAACAUAAAAACAAACUUUAACAGAAACAAGUGAAAAAAAGUAAUCAGUUUGACUGACUUCACCUUUGUGCUCAUAUCGUAAAAUAAUAACAGGAUGCAUAUUAAACAAAUUAUCAUACAAGGCUUUAAAAGUUAUAAAGAUCAAACUGUGGUUGAGCCGUUCGACAAGAGGCACAAUGUUGUGGUUGGAAGAAAUGGCUCCGGCAAAAGUAAUUUUUUUUACGCAAUUCAGUUCGUUUUGAGUGACGAAUUUACACAUUUGAGACCUGAACAACGUCAAGGUCUUUUACACGAAGGAACUGGUGCAAGAGUUAUAUCUGCGUAUGUGGAAAUUAUAUUCGACAAUUCCGAUAACAGAGUGCCGAUCGACAAAGAUGAAAUUUAUUUAAGACGAGUCAUUGGAGCAAAAAAAGACCAGUACUUUUUAAACAAGAAAGUUGUUCCCCGUACUGAAGUGGUAAAUUUAUUAGAAUCUGCAGGAUUUUCAAAUUCCAAUCCAUAUUAUAUUGUUAAACAAGGGAAAAUAAAUCAAAUGGCAACGGCAGCAGAUUCAUAUAGACUAAAACUAUUACGUGAAGUAGCUGGAACUAGAGUAUAUGACGAAAGAAAAGAGGAAUCCCUAAAUAUACUUCGUGAAACAGAAGGAAAAUUGGAAAAAAUUUCCGAAUAUUUAAAAACAAUUGAAGACCGCUUGCAGACAUUGGAGGAGGAAAAAGAAGAGCUGAAAGAGUAUCAAAAAUGGGAUAAAAGUCGGAGAACCUUGGAAUAUAUUAUUCAUGAAACAGAAUUAAAAGAUACCAAAAAAUCAUUGGAAGAUAUACAGCAGCAACGAAAAUCGUCUUUUGAAAAAAAAAAAGUUUAUAAUCUGCAAAUUCAAAAGGCACAAGAAAAAAUUAAAGACAUUCAAAAAAAUUUAAAAGAAGCUAAAAAGAAUGUAACAACAACUAAAGAAGAACGUUCAAUACUUUUAACUGAACAACAACAACUACUGAGGGAAAAAACUAAAUUAGAUCUUACAAUCGUUGAUCUGAACGAUGAAGUUCAGGGUGAUAAUAAAUCAAAAGAACGUGCCGAUCAAGAAUUAAAGAAACUAAAGAUUACUAUAACAGAAAAGGAACGCGAAUUAGAAGAAGUAAAACCGAAAUACGAAGCAAUGAAGAGGAAAGAAGAGGAAUGUUCACGAGAAUUAUCACUUAAAGAGCAGAAACGCAAAGAAUUGUAUGCAAAGCAAGGUCGUGGAUCUCAAUUUUCCUCCCGCGAAGAAAGAGAUAAAUGGAUAAAUACUGAGUUGAAGUCACUAAGUAAACAAAUAAAAGAUAAAAUAAAUCACCAUUCAAAAUUAGUGGAAGAUUUAAAAAAGGAUGCAAAUGCUGAAAAAGAUUUAGGUAGAAAAAUAGAGGAACAUUCCACGGAGUUGGAACAACUUCGCCUUCAAAUAGAUGACCAUAAUAAAAAAUAUUACGACCUUAAAAAGACCAAAGAUCAUUAUCAAGCUACACGUAACGAGCUAUGGCGAAAGGAGACAAAUAUGACACAGCAAUUACAAACUCAAAAAGAAGAACUUUCUAAAACCGACCAAGCAUUACGUAGUAUGGCUGGAAAGCCUAUAUUAAAUGGUAGAGAUUCAGUACGAAAAGUUUUAGAUAGUUUUAUAGAAAAAGGAACUCCUUUUGCUGACAUUGCAAAAGCUUAUUACGGUCCAGUUAUUGAAAAUUUUAGUUGCGAUAAAACUAUAUACACUGCUGUUGAGGUCACUGCAGGAAAUAGACUUUUUCAUCAUAUUGUUGAAUCAGAUAAGGUUGGAACACAAAUUCUAAAAGAAAUGAAUAAGUUGAAACUACCAGGAGAGGUAACAUUCAUGCCACUAAAUAGGUUGCAAGUAAAAAACCAUGAUUAUCCUGACGAUCCUGAUUCUAUUCCAAUGAUUUCUAAAUUAAAAUAUGAUGAACAACAUGGAAAAGCCUUGUGUUACAUUUUUGGAAAAACAUUAAUAUGUAGAAAUUUGGAAAGAGCCACUGAACUUGCAAAAAGUACCGGUUUGGAUUGCGUUACAUUAGAUGGUGAUCAAGUUUCAUCUAAAGGUUCACUUACUGGUGGUUAUUUUAAUACCUCACGGUCUCGCCUCGAAAUGCAAAAGAAGCGAACUGAAUUGACCGCUCAAAUACAUGAUUUUGAAAAAGAACUUAGUAAAAUUAGGAAUGAGUUAAAGCAAAUUGAAAAUAACAUUAAUGGUGUAGUUUCUGAAAUGCAAAAAACUGAAACAAAGCAGGGAAAAUCAAAAGAUAUUUUUGAAAAAGUUCAAGGAGAAAUACGGUUAAUGAAAGAGGAAUUGGUGAGGAUUGAAAAAUAUCGAACACCUAAAGAGAGGUCUCUUGCCCAAUGUACAGCAAACCUAGAAGCUAUGAAUGGCACAAAAGCCGGAUUAGAAGCAGAACUCAAUCAGGAAUUGAUGUCUACUCUUUCUGUACAUGAUCAGCGAGAAAUAGAUCAACUUAAUGAAGAUAUAAGAAAGUUAAACCAAGAAAACAAAGAAGCAUUUACACAAAGAAUGCAACUUGAAGUUAUUAAAAAUAAAUUGGAUAACCUUCUAGUAAACAAUUUAUUUAGGCGAAGAGAUGAAUUAAUUCAAGCCUUACAAGAAAUAUCAGUAGAAGACAGAAAAAGAAAACUUUUAAAUUGUAAAAAUGAGUUAACUUCUACAGAAAAGCGAAUAAAGAAAGUAAACCAGGACUUGGAAGAAAUAGAAAAAAGGGUACUCGAUGCAGUAAACUCGCAAAAGUCUCUUCAACAAGAACAUGAAAAUUUUAUAAGAAAUGAAAAGGAAAUUGAAGAAAAGAUAAAUGAAGAUUCAAAAAAAGUAGAAAAGUGGGCUGUGAAAGAAAAUUUACUUCUUCAAAAAAUAGAUGAAUAUACCGAAAAAAUUGCAUCAUUGGGCGCAUUGCCGCAGACUGAUCCUAUUUUUGCUAAAAUGAAUUUAAAAAAUUUAUUUAAAGAAUUAGAAAAAGCCAAUCAGCAUCUUAAAAAAUAUAAUCACGUAAAUAAAAAAGCCUUGGAUCAAUUCUUGAGUUUUUCGGAACAAAAAGAAAAACUUUAUAAACGAAAAGAAGAACUAGAUGUCGGUGAUGAAAAGAUUAGAGAGCUUAUGCAGUCACUAGAAAUGCAAAAGGUGGAAGCAAUUCAGUUUACAUUUAAACAAGUUGCAAAAAACUUUACACAAGUUUUUAAGAAGCUAGUACCCCAGGGUGCUGGUUAUUUAAUUCUUAAAACUAAAGACAAUGAUGGAGAUAAACCUGACAGAGAAGUUGCGAAUUCUGAUGCUUUCACGGGAAUUGGUAUUAGAGUUUCAUUUACUGGAGUAGAUGCGGAAAUGAGAGAAAUGAAUCAGUUAUCUGGUGGCCAAAAGUCACUAGUUGCAUUAGCUCUUAUCUUUGCUAUACAAAAAUGUGAUCCUGCUCCCUUUUAUCUAUUCGAUGAAAUAGACCAGGCACUUGAUGCUCAGCAUAGAAAAGCGGUUGCCGACAUGAUACAUGAAUUAAGUGAUAAAGCUCAGUUUAUUACUACAACAUUUCGGCCAGAAUUAUUAGAAAAUGCUCAUAAAUUUUAUGGAGUUCGAUUUAGAAACAAAGUAAGCCACAUUGACUGUGUAACCAAGGAACAAGCAAAAGAUUUUGUUGAAGAUGAUAAUACACACGCAUAAUACUAUAAUUUUGUAUAUAUUAUCCGUAAUAACUUAUGAGUAGAAACAAUAUCGUCAAUUCCAGGAUAGAACGCCUAAAAAUCAAUCGAUCACAAUAUUUUUUCCUCACAUUCAGAUGGCUGAUGAUUUGAGUUCCACAAAAUUACCGAUUUUAUUUCGCUUUUUCACUUUUUGAAAAUCCAAAAAAAUACAUGAUAAAAAAAAACAUGUAUUAAAAUAAAAAAAUUUAGAAGGCACAUUGAAUGAAAUUGCAGAGAUAUAGGCUGACUUCACAAACGCAGUUUGCAAAGCAACACUGCAAUGCAUAGUGUUCAUAAACGCAAUACGUUUAUGAAGUCAGCCAUAGUCAUUAAAAGUUACACACUUUAGUUAUUUUUUAAGAUUUUCAAAAAGUGAUAAAGCGAAAUAAAAACGCUAUUUUUUUGUAAUUUUGUGGAACUGAACUCAGCAAACCGGAAAUUGUAAAGACCACAAAGUAAACAAAAUUUGGGCGUUCUCUCAUAGAAUGGACGAUAUGCAUUUUUUUGUUUUUACUUCAUAGUUAAAUAUAAAAACAAUAUAAUUAUGACAUUGCAAAAUAAUUUAUCUAUAAAAAUAAAAUAAAGGAUGAAAAACCAAUAGAAAA